UUGAUGAAGGGCCGGCGGUGGGAAAGAUGGCGGCGACUGUGAGACCCUCCUGGUGGCAGCGGUGGCGGCUGCACGCAUGGGCUCGGAAUGGGGCCAGGCUAUUGCUCCUUCUCCUUUUGCUGGGGUCUGUGCAGGGGCCGUGGCACGUCAGGGCGGGACAAGCGGUGGAGUACUUGAAACGCGAGCACUCGCUGUCGAAGCCCUACCAGGGUGUGGGAACCAGCAGUUCUUCGCUGUGGAACCUGAUGGGCAAUGCCAUGGUGAUGACCCAGUAUAUCCGCCUCACUCCAGAUAUGCAAAGUAAACAGGGUGCCUUGUGGAAUCGGGUGCCAUGUUUCCUGAAAGACUGGGAACUACAGGUGCACUUCAAGAUCCAUGGACAAGGGAAGAAGAAUCUUCAUGGAGACGGCUUGGCAAUCUGGUACACAAAGGAUCGAAUGCAGCCAGGGCCUGUGUUUGGAAACAUGGACAAAUUUGUGGGGCUGGGAGUGUUUGUAGACACCUAUCCCAAUGAGGAGAAGCAGCAAGAGGCCCAGAAGAGGCGUUAUUCUCCAGGAGUCCAGCGGGUAUUCCCCUACAUCUCAGCCAUGGUGAACAAUGGCUCUCUCAGCUAUGAUCAUGAGCGGGAUGGGCGGCCCACAGAGCUGGGGGGCUGCACAGCCAUUGUUCGAAAUCUCCGCUAUGACACCUUCCUCGUGAUUCGCUAUGUCAAGAGGCAUCUGACGAUAAUGAUGGAUAUCGAUGGUAAACACGAGUGGAGGGACUGCAUUGAGAUGCCUGGGGUCCGUCUUCCCCGGGGCUAUUACUUCGGCACUUCCUCCAUCACUGGGGACCUCUCUGAUAAUCAUGAUGUCAUUUCCCUGAAGUUGUUUGAGCUGACUGGGGUGAGGACCCCAGAAGAGGAAAAGCUGCAUCGAGAUGUUUUCCUGCCCUCAGUGGAUAAUCUGAAGCUGCCUGAGAUGACAGUACCACCAGCACCCCUGAGUGGCCUCGCCCUCUUUCUUAUCGUCUUUUUCUCCCUGGUGUUUUCUGUGUUUGCCAUUGUCAUUGGUAUCAUACUCUACAACAAAUGGCAGGACCAGAGCCGAAAACGCUUCUACUGAGCCUGCUGCCAUCGGUCUCUACGAUGUUUACCUGUGAGGUGUGGGUCUGAGCACACAGCCUGGCAAGCCUGUUUGAGCUGCCAGUUGUUCAGGGACUGUGUUCUGUCACUGGGGCAGUGAUCCUGCACUCCUAUGGUCAUCCACGGGAACAUCUCACUGGCCCAAGAUGCCACCCAUAGGGCUGAGCAGCUGUGAUGUGCCUUUCCCGGAAUCCUUCCACUUAGGAGUGAAGAGACAUGGAAAAACUAUAUAUUGUGAUGCCUAAAUUACAGAAUUGGAUAGCUACCCCAAGCAUGGACUGGAUGCAGCAGACCUUCUACUUCAUUUUUAAAUUCCCGAAUAGAAAACCGGAACUCAUACAACCUGGAAAACCACUUCUUAGCUUUUGCUUUUGCCCUUGCCUCUGUCUACUCGAGGAGCUCCUUGGCAAUCUGGAUGGAGACUUCUGCCACAACUGCCUCUCUGUCUCCCUUCACUCAUUGUUCUCUUCGUGUGCAUCCUGAGCUAGGAAAGAAGUUUGCUGCUCCCAUUAGGCAGCCCUGGGCCUUCUGCAUUAGUUCAUUGCUUCAGCCUCUGUUCUGUGCUGGGCGAACCUUGUUCCUGUCUGUCCCUGUGUCCUCAGCUUUCCUAAUCAGAGCUCUUCAGACCCUUGGAUCAUUUAGUUAACAGUUAUUACAAAUCAAGAGAAGCUUGGAUACCUUCACAGAGCCGUGAGAUUUAUUGUGAUGUCACCCAGGUCCGAUGUGCCACAGAAGGCAGCAUCGGUCUCCUCUGCCGUGUUGGCAUGUCUCUGGGCCACUGGAGCCUGCUUAGCUGCAUGCUUUGUUUCUCAUGGUUCUUGGGACCCUGCUGUGAGUGCUGGAAGUGAAAUGCAGCUUUAUUAUUCCCUGGACUUGGAUGGGAUCCCCAGAGGAGAUUUGGCUUCUUAAUGAGAAGAAACUGUUGCUGAUCUCGUAACAAAUCUCAGAGCAAAAGACCUUCAUCCUCUGUGUCUGGAAAAGUUCUGACCAUUGAGCAGCAUGGCUUGAGUGCCGUCUUGUGUGUUACCCUUAUACUGCCUUAUUCUACAAAUGUCACAUGCUGCUCACAUAUCUGCGCUGUGAUUAAAUUGGUUACAGGCUA